UGACACUGCCUGAUAGUAGUAAAGCUUCUGCAUAUGAAGAGUUCAAGUAUAGCCCUAUACCAGAACCUGGAGAGUGCACUGUUACGCCUGCAGAUGGGGGUUAUACCUUGACGACAAACUUUAAUAUUACAUGCAUUGACUUUACUGUGCAAGGAAAUUACAAUUUUCAAUAUUUAAUGAAAUCUAAAACCAUUAAUGAAUGGCGAAAAGGAUCAAAGUUCUACAUAGGACAAAAUAAUACAGUGAGAAAUGUGAAGUUGCGAUUAGGAGAUCCAGAACAGGAAUACAGAUUGUAUAUAUUGGUGCGAGCCAGACUAAUAGAGUCGGGGGCAUACACAGUCAAAUCACAGAUUAUCCAGGUUGAACCAGCAGACAGAGACCCAAAUGGUAAUCUUUUAGAGACUGCUAAAUCCGUACUGGUUUCAUCAGGUGAUUCUCAGUCUUCUGUCAUAGAUGACAUGAUAGCAGCAGGAAAUCAGGAAGAGGCUGUUCAAAACUUGAAUGUCAUCGCUUCAGCUCUAAACCCAGUAAAUGGCACUGAAGUGAAUGACACUGUAAAGGCAGAGAAAACUGCGAUAAGGACAUCAGUUGUGACAAGUUUAAAGAAAGUAAAUGUUAGCAGUAUUGAUACAUUGUCAUCUGUUGCUGAAACUUUGACACAGGUUACAAAAGUGGAAUCUGAACUCACUGAAAGUACACAGGAAGAUGCUGCCAAGCUGUUUGAUGAUUUAGCUGAUAGUUUGGAUACUUUAACUAAUGUGACAAAUACAGCAGAUAUUGUAGACUCGGCCGAAGAGAUAUUUAUUGGUGUGACACAACUUCUUGAUAUCAAAGCAGAUCAGGGUCAUACACAGUUGAUGAAAGAUCAAUCACAAAAUAAUGCUAACUUGGGAAAGAUGAAAAAAUCAGCUGGUAGACUUCUUAAUACAAUAGAUAAGAUUAGCAACACAAUAUUGUCAGGGCAGACGGUUGGAGACCCAGCUGUAGUAAUUCAGACAGAGAGUGUCAAUAUUCAGAUGGAAAAAAUUGAACAGUCAGCAUUAGGUGGUAGACAUCUUACUAUGGGUACUGGUGGUGACACAGAGGUAGCUACAGUAGAAUUUCCAGCAGUUGUUGAUGGUGUUGAUAAAAAUAUGCCUGAUCUAGGCUUACAGGUUUUACAUAUGAAGAAGAAUCCUUAUAUAUGGGACAGGUCAGCUGUAGAUGUCAAUAUGGAGGUACUAUCUGUAGAACUCACUUCAAAAAAUUCUGAAGUGAAAGUGACCAAUCUGAGUGAACCUAUUAAAGUGUCUCUGACUGCACCAGAGACGCAGGAGCCACCAUACAGUACUUUAUUUCUACAUGUCAAUAAAUCAGAUGGAAAUUUGACCUACAACAGCUCAAAUACUAACAUGUUAAUCUCCAAAUUCACCAUCCCUGAUGGCAAAACUGUCAUUCUCUCCCUCAAUACAUUCUUUCAGAUCAGUAAUUUAAAGAUAUAUAUCGAUGAACUAGAAAAACCAAAUUUUGAUAAGCUUUCUGAUGCAGGACUGACAUAUCCUGGUGAUGUUGAAAAAUUUAACCAAAAUUUCUCAAAAUUUGAACUAACAGAUAAAACUCCUGAAAGUGCAAAUCUUAUAUUCUUAACAUAUAAUAGUAGGAAUUCUGUAAAUUAUACUGGAACCUAUUACCUUGGAGUAACUGUUGAUUUAAAUGACAGUUUGAGUGUUCAAGAAUUGAGAGAUUUAGAUGCCAAGUGUAUAGGAAAUGAUACUAUAGCAGAUUGUGAGACUGUUGUGGAAGUGACUGUGCAAGUGGACACAGUAACUUUAUCAUGCACAUACUGGGACACAUCUACACAGACAUGGAGUAAUAGGGGUUGUGAGGUGUCCCCACUUUCAUCCAAAGACAAAUUGGAAUGUCUGUGUACACAUUUGACAGCAUUUUCUGGAGGUGUGUUUGUGUUACCAAAUAUUGUGGAUCCCAUUGAUGACAUGGAACUGUUCCUGACGUUCUUUGAUAACCCUGUUGUCGUGACAACUGUUGUCAUAGUCUGGGUCCUCUAUUUCUUCCUCAUUCACUGGGCACGUAUGUACGAUAAAAAGGAUAAAGAGCAGGUUGGAGUUAUUCCUGUAGGUGAUAUUGAUGCCAUAAACAAGCACAUGUAUCUUGUCUGUGUGGUGACAGGAUGGUGGACUGAUGCAGGGACCACUGCUAACGUCUUCUUCUACAUGAAAGGUAUGAAUGGGUCAAGUGCAAGAAUCAAGUUGACAACUCCUGCAAGGCGUUGCUUUCAGUCAGGAUAUGAAGACUGGUUCCUAGUUACUACUGAUGAAUCAUUGGGGGAUUUGCAUGAUAUUACACUGUGGCAUGAUAAUUCUGGAGCCAGUCCACAUUGGUAUUUGAGUCAGUUGUUUGUGAAAGACCUUAAGGAUAAAAAAUCAUGGACAUUCAUCUACAAUGACUGGUUGGCAGUGGACAGAGGAUCUGCUUUGCUUACCACAGCUUGUGUACCAGCAGUAAGUAAAGAUGAACUUAAGUUUAAACAGAAACACAACUUUAUGGUGAAGACAACACAUGACCUUAGAGAUUCUCAUAUCUGGAUCAGCAUUUUCUCGAAACCAGCUCGAAGUUCCUUCACAAGAGUUCAGCGUGUAACAUGUGCACUAUCUCUGUUAUUAACUACCAUGCUAACGAACAUCAUGUUUUACGGUAUACCUACUGACGACCCUGAUGACCAGGUGGGCGGUUCUAGGGGCGUGGUCAUAUCGUUAUCAUCUAUCGUGAUAGGGAUACAGAGCAGUCUGAUAAUGUUUCCGGUGAAUGUUAUCAUCAUGCAGAUGUUUCUUAAACUGAAACAGCGGCCAAAGAAGGAACGUUAUGACAAGAAGAUGCAGACCGUCAUACGGUCAUUAUUUGAUAGAGCAUCCCGUGUUACCACAGACUUCCUACCUAAACUGUCAACUGAUGUACAGCAAUCUGAUCAGGAACAUCACAGUCACAGUCCCUUAGAUGAAAGAAUGUCUUACUACUCUGUAGAUGAUACUAAAUCACUAGAAGACACUAUGUUUGAUGCGCAGAGUUUUACAGAACAUGAAAACACAAAAAAGGACAAAAUUAUUAUCUUAAGUGAAACUAAAGAAGCAGGCAAAAUUCUACCAUGGUGGUUUCUGUACAUUUCCUGGUUCCUGGUUAUCUCUGUCUGUCUUAUUUGCUCUUACUUUGUCAUGUUGUAUGGAUUAAAGUAUGGGUACCAGCGUAGUGUGGAAUGGCUUGUUUCUUUCUUGACUGGAUUCUCACAAAGUGCCUUGAUAACACAACCAUUAAAGGUUCUUGUUGUGGCAAUAAUAAUAACACUGGUCUUUAAAAGAACAGUUGAGUUUGAUGACUAUGGGCCAGAAGUUAAACUUGAUGAAGAUACAAUGUUUGUGAAUUCAGUUAACAAGGUGGAAGAGUCGCAUAUACCAUUCAGCAAACCUUUGUCUUCAGAAUUAUUAAAGAAAAUCAAGCACAGAGUACAGUUAGAGUGGCUGAUGGAUAUAACAAUACGAGAUAUCAUUUUGUACAUAUUUUACUUAUUGGUGGUGUGUAUUGUGGUACAUGGUCAUCGUGACAUUAAAGAGGCCUAUCACAAUUCAUUGGCUAUUGAAGAUGUAUUGAUAAAUCCUGGCUGUAUUUUACUCAACCAGUGCUUCUUCUUAGCUAGUGUAGACAGGGUUGAGUCUUUCUACAAAUAUCUACGUGAGGUUGCAGUACCCAAUUUAGCUGACAUGUCCAUAGCAGAUCAUGAGUAUGCUACACCAGGCUCCAGUCAUUUCUUGGUUGGUCCGUGGAGAUUAAGACAACUUAGAGUGGACAAAGGGACAUGUGGGGCAGGUGCUGAUAACCUCUUUCGUCAAUUUAACAUGAAUGUUAAAGAAUGCUCCGGAGCUUACUGGCUUGGUGAUGAAGAGAAGAGGAACUUUGACAAGUCUUGGAGUAAAGAAGUAACAGCAUCAGCUGAUCCCCCAACCAGAUGGACUCAUCAGUCGGCAUGGAAACUGAAAACAAUACCUUUCGCGGGACAGCUUGCAACAUACUCUGGUGGAGGAUACAUUAUAACAAUGCCAAAUACAACUUCUCUACAAGAAGAUGCAAUUGAUGACAUGUGGGACUCUGACUGGAUAGAUGAAAGAACGAGAGCUAUUUUUCUGGAGUUUACAUUGUACAACCCAAACGCUGACCUGUUUAGCGUAGUCAUCAUACUGUUUGAGUUCUCUAACAAUGGAGCUGUGUUACCAUACCAUCAAAUCUUCUCUACAAGGCUAUACCAUUACUCUACAGACUUUGCUAAUUUUGUCCUAGCUUGUGAAUGUUUGUUCCUAAUGUUCAAUAUAAGCUUUACAUAUAUUGAAUGGAAGAAAUUUGGAGUGUUAGGUAGGAAGAAAUACUUUGAGGACUACUGGAGCUACCUGGAGCUAAUUCAGAUAGGAUUGUCUUACUCAGUUAUUGGGUUAUUUUUCCAGAGACUGGUUUCAGUGAAUGGCAUAAUGAAAGACUUCAGGGAGAGUGAUGGUAGUACAUUUAUUAGCUUUUAUACAGCUGUGUCAUGGGAUUUUAUUCUUGGGUAUGUGAUGGCUUUUCUUGUGGCACUGGUCACUCUGAAAGCAAUAAAACUGCUCAAGUUUAACAAAAAAAACUUUUUACAUGGGGGCUGGGGAAAAAGUGAGUUGGAUGCCGCCCGAUUGAAUUGA